AUGCCCGGCAUGAUCUGCAAGAUCAUCUCCUUGGCGCUGGCUAUUUCAUCCGGCUUCCUUGGACAGCAGGCCCAAGCUCAGGCUGUGGCGAAGACCCAAUGCGCGUCGAGUGUUCAUGCUAUCAUUGCUCGGGGUCAAGGCCCUGGCGAUGAUUUGAAUGUCAUGGCCAAGGUUCAGAAUAUGAUCUUGGAUCAGAUUCCGGGUUCGACUAGCCUUGGCCUGCCAUAUGACCACGAUGCUGAUGACAAGUUUACCGCGGUUCACAACGGAGCGCUUUUGAUGCAGAACUAUGUCACAGAGUAUCUCAAGAUUUGCCCAGAAUCGAAGAUUGCCCUGAUCGGAUACUCCCUUGGCGCUGUUACCAUGAUGGAAGCCGUCUGCGGCACGAGCUCCCUGUUGCUGAUUCCCACUCAGCCCUUUGACGCGUCCUUGAACGAAACCAUUAUUGCCGCUAUCGCCUACGGUGAUGAGACCUUCGUCCCCCUACAGCCAUGGGACGUGGGCGACUGCACAGUUGGCCUAGGAAUUUUCCCGCGCCUGCUCCCAAUUACCUGCGAGCCGUUUGCCUCCUCACUGCAAAGCUACUGCGAUUAUGGCGACGACCAGUGCUGCGCAGCCUUACCCGCGGACGACAACGAGGCUCACCACGGUUACGUCAACAAAUAUAGCCAGGAUGUGGUCAACUUCAUCAAGGGUCGAUUGAAUGGCAGCGUCGUCUGA